CAACAACAGACCGACAUGACAUCCCAGCAACUCGAAGCUCUUGAGAACAAAUCAACUUGCGAACUUGCCAAAAAAGAUGCAGCCAUCGAUAAAUUAGAACUUGUUAGUUUUGAAGUGAUGAAGCAAGUGCAGUCACAUCAGAAACAAGUUGAAAGGCACAAGGAGACUAUUCAGAAAUGCAUCAACAUCACCAAAAUGUUACUCAUCGAAAAGAGCAACCUAGAGAAAAAGUCUGCAAGGCAACGAUGCAUGGAGAAUCGAUUGAGGUUGGGACAGUUUGUGACGCAAAGACAAGGAGCAAGUUUUGUAGAAAACUGGGUGGAUGGAUAUGCAUUUGCUGAUCUCAUCAAGCAGCAGGAGAGGAUAACGCAAGAAAGAGAGGAAAUAGAGAAGCAGAGAAAAGUGUUGGGGAAGAAAAAACCAACCAGCUCUGGUUCCAGUGCAAUCUCAUCCAAAUCCAACAAAGCUGUCAAGGAGAACAACGAAGGAUUCCUCAGGCCAAAUGAUAAGCCUUUGACAGCAACAGAAUUUUACGAGCAGGAUGAGAUAAUGAAGUUGAGGCAGGCAGCUCUGAAGAAAGAGGAUACUGACCUGCAGUUGGAACUGGAGAAGCUGGAGCAAGAAAGAAACAUCCACAUCAGGGAGCUGAAAAGGAUCCACAGUGAAGAUGCUUCUAGAUUCAACAAUCACCAGAUCCUGAAUGACAGAUACCUACUACUCAGUCUACUUGGCAAGGGAGGAUUCAGUGAGGUUCACAAGGGUUUUGACUUGAAAGACCAACGCUAUGCAGCUUGCAAAAUCCACCAACUGAACAAAGAUUGGAAAGAUGAUAAAAAAGCAAACUACAUAAAACAUGCUUUAAGAGAGUACAACAUACACAAGCAACUGGACCAUCCGAGGAUCGUGCAUCUGUACGAUGUUUUUGAAAUCGACAACAACUCGUUCUGUACUGUGAUGGAAUAUUGUGAAGGCAACGACCUUGACUUUUAUUUGAAGCAGAACAAAUGUUUGCCCGAGAAGGAGUCCAGAUCAAUUGUGAUGCAGACUGUCAAUGCUCUAAAGUACCUCAACGAGAUCAAACCGCCUGUCAUACAUUAUGAUCUCAAACCUGGAAACAUCCUACUAGGGAGUGGAGGUUUUUCAAAAGCUGACUCGAGUCAGCAGGGCAGUGUUUCUGUCAGCGGCGAGAUCAAGAUAACUGAUUUCGGUCUCAGCAAGGUAAUGGAUGAUGAAAAUUACAGCCCAGAUUGUGGCAUGGACCUCACCUCCCAGGGGGCUGGCACUUACUGGUAUCUGCCACCAGAAUGUUUCGUGGUGGGUAAGGAGCCUCCAAAAAUAUCAUCGAAGGUGGAUGUUUGGUCCGUGGGCGUCAUCUUUUAUCAGUGUUUGUAUGGCAAGAAGCCAUUCGGACACAACCUAUCACAAGCGGCCAUCCUGGAGGAAAACACGAUUUUGAAGGCAACUGAAGUCAUGUUUCCAAGCAAGCCACUUGUCUCUAAUGAGGCCAAGAACUUCAUACGCCGAUGUUUGACCUAUAAGAAAGAUGACAGGCCAGAUGUCCUGACCCUAUCAGCUGAUGACUAUCUCAAACCGCCGACGCUCAAAUCAAAGAAAUUCUCAGAAGAUAGUUCCAGUCAAAGUUCUUUAUAAAAAGAUUAUGCUGUUGGAAAUGGUGGAUGAAAAUUCAAAAUUAGAAGAUGAUGAAGAUGGUGAUGAUGAUGGGGUGGGAAUAUAAAAAUGGUCUUAAUGGUGAUAAAGAAGUAAAUAUUUAUGGUGCUGAUGGUGAUGAUGAUAAAAUACUACCUGUUAUGAUGUUUGUGUUGAUGAUACUUGGUUCAAUUUGUGUAGCAUCACAAUGAAAAUAACAUUCAUUUGUUUUUGGGUAUUGGUUUAUUUGCAUGCAUGUCCUCCCAUGUAGGUGAGUGAGUGGUGAAUGAAUAAAUAUAUAUGCAUGUAUGUAUGUGUGUGUGUGGGUGGUAUGGAUUUUUUUUCUCUUAAGUUUGUAGUUGAAGGUAUCUUUUAAUCAUUAAGAUAAUGGUUUAAAAUGUUUUAAAAUUGUUCAUUGUGUUUGAUGAGUGUAUGUGUACAUAUUCAACUUACUUACCUACCAGUGCAUGUGUAUUCAUAUAUUUUCAUCAAUCUACAUACCGUUUUAAAUUAUCGUCAAAAUUUUAUAAUUUCGUUCCGUUACCAUCUGUGCUUAUUAAUGUUCGAUAAUAAUUCAUCUUUAUUUCGAUUUCUGACAGCUUUUAUGAACUUAUCACAGGAAUUAAAUUAUUUUUUGUCAUCGUUAACAUCAUCAUUAUUAAUGUGUCUCUUGGGGCAGUCGUGUCACGAGCAUCAAUGAUGUUUUCAAGCUAUUAAAAUGAUUAUUAAAUAAUUAUUUUUUUAUUUAGUUCAUUUAUUCAUACAUUUCGAAUUUUAACGAGGAUGAUGGUGAACAAGAAAUUUCUUAUUAAGUUUGCUGUCAAGCUGGCAGACACAUUAAACGAUAAGUUAAAGUUAUAUUUGUGUAUGUAUAUUAUAUGCGUGUAUGCAUAGUAUAUAUAUAUAUAUAUAUAUAUACAAGUCUGUCUGUUGUUUAUCAUUUCUGUGUUUAUGUUCAGUCAGAUCUUUUGAUUGCAUAUUUUCAAAUGACAAUGUUUUUUAAUUGUUUUCUAAAAUAAUGAAUAAAAUCGUUUCAUGUUUCAAUAUAAUAUUUUUAUAA